AAGCAGAUAAGAUGGAAGAGGAAGUUGCUCAACUUCUGAUGAGGAUUUUCCUUUCUAGAGGAACGAGGAGAAUUAGAAAGCAAGAGAGAUGGCGGGAGCUUCCAUAUCUUCUUCUUGUUGGAGCUUAACUGCAAAAUUCAAAACCCUUUCUCUCAAUCCUUCUCACCCAAAUGCUGCUGCUUUCAAUCCCCUAAGCUUUUCUGCUAACACUUCGGUCAAUCUCUUCUCAAAAGGGUUUGUUUCAAUGACUCAUCUGCAGAGGCCGUCACGUCCUUCCAUUGUUUGCGAAGCUGCUCCAACGAAAAAAGCAGAUUCAGCUGCCAAAAGGGCACGCCAAGCUGAGAAGAGGCGAAUUUACAACAAAGCUCGAAAAUCUGAGGUCAAAACUCGGAUGAAGAAGGUUUUGGAAGAAUUGGACAUGCUGAGGAAGAAACCAGAUGCACAGCCAGAGGAAGUUCUUACUAUCGAAAAAUUGAUUGCAGAGGCAUAUUCAGUAAUUGACAAAGCAGUCAAAGUAGGAACACUUCACAGGAAUACUGGAGCAAGAAGGAAAUCACGGCUUGCAAGAAGAAAGAAAGCAGUUGAGAUCCAUCAUGGCUGGUAUGUACCAACUCCAGCCACUGAACCUGCUUCUGCAGCCACAGUUUAGCCUCUUCCUUGUUGAAUGUAAAGCAGCGACAACUUGAGUAAUCAGCUACCUAGAGUAUGAUUAAUUAUUCACUUUUUAUAUAAUAUAUCACCUUGUUUGUGCAAUCAUUGUUCUCUUCUGCUGUAGCACUGAAAUCAGCAAUGUGAUUUUAUUUGUUAAGACACUUAAGCAUGUUUCAACUA